AUGAUUAUGGACGUCAAGGUUUUGACUUUGCUUUGUGUUUUUCUUCUUUAUGGGGCUUUACCUUUAUGUCGAGCAGAGAAGCACUCUUUGUAUUACAUCUACACGGGUUUGUCUAGACCUGUGGAUCUGCCGGGCAUCUAUGAGUUCUCUGCUAUGGGUCUGUUAGAUGACAGACAGAUUGACUCUUAUAACAGCAGAGAGCAGAGAAAGAUUCCCAAACAGCAGUGGAUGAAGGAGAAAAUGCAGGAGGAUUACUGGGAGAAAGGCACUCAGUCGAGAAAGAGCAAAGAACAGUGGUUUAAUGUGAACGUCCACAUACUGAUGGACCGCAUGAGACACAAUAGAUUAGAUCUUCACGUUCUUCAGUGGAGACACGGCUGUGAAGUGGAAAUAAAAGGAAGUGAAGUGAAAUUUUCCAAAGGCAUUGACGAGUAUGGCUAUGAUGGAGAAAACUUCCUGGCUUUUGAUGAGGCAGAGUCUCAGUGGGUCGCCCCAGUGGAAGAAGCGCUGCCAACCAAGAGAAAAUGGGACAGUGUGCCCAUCCUGAACCAAUACACCAAAGGCUACCUGGAGAAAGAGUGUGUGGACUGGCUCAACAAAUUCAGAGAGUAUGCAAAUGAAGAGCUCAGAAAUGGCUCUCCUCCAGAAGUUCAUGUGUUUGCAGUGAAGUCCAUCAGUGAUAAAACCAAGCUGAAACUCACCUGUCUGGCCACUGGCUUCUACUCCAAAGACACGAUGUUGGUCAUUAGGAGAAAUCGACUGCCUGAAAAAAAAACUGAAUCUACAGGAGUUCGACCAAACCAUGAUCAAACCUUCCAGCUGAGGAAGAGUGUGGAGAUCGAGCAGGAUGAAACGGACGAAUAUGAUUGCUACAUGACCCACAGGACCUUAAAAGGGCCGGUUAUUGCCAGAUGGGAUGGGAAAUGUAAGGACUGCCUGCCAAACCUAAACUGGAUCUGGGUAGUGGCUGGAGCUGUGCUUAUGCUGGGAGUUGUUGCUUUACUGCUUGUCUUACUGAAGAAAAAGAUCAUUGAUUUGAGGCAAAGACUAUCAGGAUCACAGUCACCGUUAUACCAGAUCCAAGCGGAUUCAGAGUCAGAGGAUUAUAAUCACUGA